AGAGAAAAAAUAAACGCAUUUUGUUUUUCUCACCGCUUCCUUUUGCUGUCAUCGACGGACGGAAGUUUGGAAAAAGAUCAUUGAAAAGUGAAAUUUUUUAUUCUGCCGAUUGAUUUUACGUUUCAGUUUAGGAAGCAAACGAUGGCUACAUGUUCGUCAGCAGUGCCCCAAGCGAUGCAUUUCUUGGAUCUUCCGGAUUUGAUGAUCGAACAGGUAUUCGAGUAUCUCAGCUACGAUGAAAUCGCCAAGAAGAGAAUCGUUUGCAAAACAAUCGAUCGGGUUUGCCAGUCGCUUCUCAACAGAGGAUUUAUGAAAAUGAUAAAACGGCACAAUUCCAAUCUGAAGGCUAUUAAGUCGCAACUUCCGAGAAGAGAAUCGGAACGAAGGAACCAUCCGUUAGCCAAACAUUCGGAUAUUCUCACAUGCAUCGAAACCAGAAUUUCGAUGCUUUCGAUGACUUACUCAAAGUAUAUCGACAAGGAUCUGUGUUGUUUCAUCCCGGGAAAGGUCAUCGAUGAAGUAUUCAAUAUACUUCGAUUAAUCGAGAGCACCUCCAAGCCAUUGAGAGCUCAUGAGGUACUGCAGGAGCUGCGUGACAUUUCAUCCAUGGCGAUUGAACACUUCGAUGAAAACAUUGCCCAUAAAUUGAAGCGGAUUAUGGGCGUUCAUCAUCAUCAGGGAGGCAGCCAUCUAGCUUUUCCGACGCCGGGCUUCAUUCAGAAUGAAGUUGUGCUGCCGUGCGAUGUCAACGGAGAAAAGCUGAUUGUCCCCACAUUGAGACCGAUUUCACCCCACAAAACUACCCCGCAGCCACUUUACUGCCAUUCAAGUACCUCGGCUUGCGAUGCCAGCCGUGUCAACAACGCCUCUAUAGCCAGAAUCAGUCACAGAUCAAAUGUACUGCGGGUCUCAGUCUCCAAAAUAGUCAGUGCCAUGCAGGGUUACAAAAAACAGUUGAAAAAGAUGAAACUGCAAAUCUCCCGAAACAGCAACGAAAUCAAGGAUCUUCGUCGCCGUUUGGAUGAGUCCGAAACAAAAAACCGCGAAUUGAUAGCCAAUAUCAAUCAGCUGAGUUUUGGAGGCGCUGCUGCACCAACUUCAGAACUGUCCGUGGUUGGAGCUCCGGAAUCAUCGGUCAAAGCAUCAAGAGGCUCUAACAUAAAACCUAGCUCGGCAACCAUUAUCUUGAAACGCGUCCUAGCUGAAACGGAAUCUCUGGUAAACUCCACAUCGGGACCGAGCAUCAGCGGAUCUCGAUUGCUACUUCCAGAUCAGGAAGAUUCCGGCAAAAGCGCAAAGCGUUCCAGACCGAGUGAGGAUUAAAUGAUUCCUCGUAUCAAAUAGUUAACCAAAAGAAUCUUUCGCAGCUUCAGGCGACUCAAUGCAAAGUGAAAUGAUAUCUCUCUGAACAAAGAAAAAUUGUCAUCUUCAUAUAGUAUGAUUCACUAUUUAAUUUGCCAUAAGCUCAAAAAGUAACUAUAAACAACCCGGUAAGAUGUUGGUCCUUUUAAUCGAUAUUCUAUUUAAGAAUCAUUUGUAUUAUCAAAAAUUAAGUCGAUUUUACUUUCAUUCGGUCGAUGUGGUAGAAAUUUGAAAAAAAUAAUGCUUCUCCCCAUUUUUAUAAAGCUUCUUUUGAAAUUUAAAAUGGCAAAAAUCGACUUACAAGAAGACUCCUUAAAAUAACCAAGAACAAAGGACUGGCUUUGAAAGGGUUCUAAAAUAAAUGUAUACUGAGAGAAAAUUGCGUUCGUGUGUAAUAAAUUUCAAACGAACCUAUUUAUCCAACAAAUAUGGAUUGUCGUGCUAAUUCUUAUCUGAACACUUUUUUUUAGUUUAAGAUACCUAACUAAUACUGUGUAGAAUUAAGCUGCUGGUUGCAGUACAUAUUCUUAUAAUGCGCCGUGUUGAAUAAAAAGAUUUCUGAUAACUUAUUGAGGAAAACAAA